AUGUUGCGAAUGUGUCGGCGUUUGGCGAUGAAGUACGCUGACUUGGAGCUGACCACUCGGGGUGAAUUUCCGCAUGGCAUGAAGGAGCCUGGAUUUGUAAAGAAAUUGGACCAAAAUAUUCCGUGGUAUUUUUCCACAUACCGGUCAAUGUACCAUUGGCCAAUAACCGGUGAUAAUUGGAGCGACUUGAAUGAGGCGGAGAAGCAUCAUGAUCUUCACAUGUUUUAUACUUUAGCGUGGUGGAAAUUGGGGGAAGGUAUCUUUGACGCGAAUGAUGAGGACAAUUAG